AUGCAGCAAGAGCGCGAGAGCGCCGAGUUGUGCCUCAACGGCUGCGGCUUCUUUGGCGCGCCCGGCAGCGGCGGCAUGUGCUCCGUCUGCUGGAAAAAGACCAUGUCGGACCGCCAGGCCGCGACGGCCCCGAGUACGUCCGUUGCGUCGCCUCGAGCGGCCAUGUUGGACCCGACGCUGGCCGCCCCGUCGUCUAGUACCACUGCCAGCAGCAGUUGCGCCGCGGCCGCUUGCGCUGCGCCAAUCGACGCGCUAAAGGACGAGAUAGCGACAGCGACUGCGACUGCGAACGCCGCGUCGCCGUUGCGGGCAGUACAGAAGAACAAGAAGCGCUGCUGGGAGUGCAAGAAGAAGGUGGGGCUCACGGCGAUGGACUGCCGCUGCGGCUACGUGUUCUGCAGCAGCCACCGGUUCGAGGACCAGCACCAGUGCUCGUUCGACUUCCGCUCGGCCGACCGACGGGAACUCGCGCGCCGCAAUCCCGGCGGUGGCGUGUUUAGUAAGCUGGAGAAGCUGUGA